UUCCCAGCUUUGGGACAGACGAGCAUUUUGGAGCUUCAGUCGGAGCUCGAGGGCUGAACGCGGAGGGAAGGCUCUCCCCGGGAGGACAGACUGACAGCGAGGAACAUCCCCGGCCCAGGUGAGAGGAAGAUGAAGGUCCUGCUGGUGCUGACGAUGCUGUGUGCCUGCAGUGUGUUCACUUCUCACGGGAAGCACCCACGCACGUUGACACCAGGACUCGAGGGAAGCACCGUAGGAAACCUGACUGCCCAUGGAUGCUACUCGGGAUUGGGCACCUCGAGGGCUUCAGUGGAUCGAUGCUGCGUGCUCCGAGCCUGCUGCUAUGCCAAGCUGGCAGCGCGGCGGUGCCGCCUGGGACCCGUCCAGCCCCUGUCUGCGGCCCGGGCAGGGAUCCCCACCUGCAGUGAGUGCUCGGGAUGCCCUUCCCAGACCAUCCCCUUUCCCGGGGCGCUCGGGGGAUGGCUCAGGUGCGCUGUCGGUCCCCGCAGGGUCGGGCACACGGUGCCAGCGAGGCGCCUGCAGGUGCGAGAGGGCAGCGUGGCUGUGCCGGGCUCAGCUCCGCCGGGCUCAGCUCCGCCGCCGCGCCCGCAAAUCCCCUCCUGUUGCUCCAAAAUAAAACCAGAGAGCCCAAAGCAUCGGUUCCCAGCGUGCCGUGACUCAGCUGAGCUCAGCGACCACCCCUCACCUGUCAGACAGAUUUCCUGUUGA